UGAACGAGAUGGCUCUUCGGACGGUCCUCCCUGGACAGUCAUCAGGGAGUGCGCACACCUUUGGCACCCCGCGCCACACAAGUGUCGUCAACCCCAUCCUAUCGAAGCGUGUCUGCUUCUACAAAAGUGGAGAUCCUCAGUUCAACGGUCUGCGCAUGGUCAUCAACAACCGCUCCUUUAAAACAUUUGAUGCCCUCCUGGACAGUCUCUCUAAAAAGGUUCCCCUGCCGUUUGGGGUGAGGAACAUUACCACGUCUCAUGGGGUUCAUGCAGUCAGUACUUUGGAUGAUUUGGAGGAUGGAAAGUCCUACAUAUGCUCUGAUAGCCGUAAGGUCAAACCUUUCAACCUGGCACGAGCCAGGAAGAAGCCGCCGCCCUGGUACCACGCCAGGCCUGCUAGUUCCCGUCGUCGAACUGUGCAGCAGGCCAGGCUAUUCCCCGGCUGGAGCAUCCACAAGAAGGAGCCGGUGGUUCUGCGCACACCAAAGAGGCUACUGGUUUUCCGCAAUGGUGACCCCAAUGUAAUACACAAAGUGUUCAUUCACAAGAGGACUACACCCACGUUUCAGUCCAUACUGGAAUAUAUCUCAGAGCUGAUCCAGUUCCACGUGGUGAAAUUACUCACGUCUGACGGCAAGCGCGUGGAUGGUCUUCCAGGCUUGAUAUUGUGCUCUGGGACUGUAGUGGCAGCAGGCAGGGAGCCGUUCAGGCCUGCAAACUACAGCGCACAGAGCUCUUCAGCUCAAACAACGCUGCCUACCAAUCGAAAAAGUAUCCGAAGACUAAAGGCUUUAAACCGUAAGUUUUCAUAA